UUGUCAUGCCAACUUCAAAAUCUCUCUCUCUUUACCCAAAAUCCUAAAUCCCAAUUAACGUCUAGGGUUUCCAUUCUUCAAAUCUAUAAUCUUUCCUUUCACUCUUUGCCAUUGUGAAGUCUAAGUUGAUUGUAUUGAUUUGGCAGCGUAAAUGUUGGACGAGAAUUUUGGUGGUUUUUUUCUCUUUCUUGGGCAAUAUUGUCAGGCAUCGGAAUAAAAUUGCCUGAAAUGAAUAUAUCUACUGCAUGAUCUCAAGAUUGGGAACUUGUGAAUUUAUUAGGUGCAUUUGUGAACAAAAAAUACAAUGGAACUAGUGUUUGGAUAAGUUCUAAUCCUGUGGUGGUUGCAAAUACUGUGUAGCAGUUCAGGAUAAAUUUGAAGAACUACGGCUUCUUGUAGUAUUGGUCUUUUGGACUUCUUUGCUAUUUAACAUACGAAGAUCCGUUAUCUCACUUUUGGAUGAUGACAUUCCACAAGUUUGCUUUUAGAGUGAUAUAGAGAUGAACAUUUCUGCUCUGUUGACUUCUUCUGGUAUCAAUACUGCAGUGUGUGUGGUGCUGUUUUCAUUGUAUUCCAUUUUAAGAAAACAACCAAGCCUUGUAAGUGUGUACUUCGGGCAAAAACUUUCUCAGGUGAGGUCAAAACGCAAUGAUCCACUUUGGUUUCAGAGAUUUAUUCCUUCUGCUAGUUGGAUAGUAAAAUCAUGGGAAGCAUCUGAGGAAGAAUUAUUAGCCAUUGGGGGUCUGGAUGCUGUUGUCUUUCUCCGGGCAGUUGUUUUCAGUAUCCGAGUAUUCUCAGUUGCCAGUGUUAUAUGUUUAUUCCUUGUGCUUCCACUUAAUUAUUUUGGGAAGGAGAUGGAUCAUAAACAUAUUCGAAAUGAGCAGUUGAGCGUGUUCACCAUUGAGAAUGUCAAGGAAGGGUCAAGAUGGCUUUGGGCCCACUGUCUUGCAUUAUAUGUCAUAUCAUCCUGUGCUUGUAUUCUUCUUUACUUCGAAUACAAAAGCGUCACAAAAAUGAGAUUGGCAUAUAUUGCAGCAUCUCGUUCCCAAAUAAAUCACUUUACUGUACUUGUUCGUGCCAUUCCAUGGUCUCGAGAAGGAUCGUACAGUGUCAGGGUUGCUAAAUUCUUUACAGAUUACUACUCGUCAAGCUAUUUGUCGCAUCAAAUGAUUUACAAGUCCGGUGCAAUGCAGAAAUUGAUGACUGAUGCUGAGAAGAUCUACAAUGUGCUCAAGUCCAACACUGUGGAACAACAUUAUGGAUCUCGACUGUUAAGAUGUGGCUUUUGUGGAGGAACUUCAACAUCUUUUAAGAUCCUUUCUCCUGAGCCUGAAAAUGUUAGGACUACAAGCUUACAUGACGGUCCAGAUUUGGGGAAGAAGGAGUGCGGAGCUGCUUUGGUUUUUUUCAGGACUCGUUAUGCUGCUUUGGUUGCUUCAGAGGCACUCCAACAACCUAAUCCAAUGACAUGGGUGACAGACUUGGCUCCAGAACCAAGCGAUAUCUAUUGGUCAAACCUAUAUGUUCCAUAUCGAAUCUUUUGGAUCCGGAAGAUUGCCAUACUUGUGGCCUUUAUUCUGUUCGUGACUUUCUUCCUUAUCCCUGUGGUGUUCACGCAAAGUCUCGUUCAUCUCGAUAAGCUGGAGAAAGUAUUUCCCUUUAUAAAAGGCAUUACUGAGAGGAAAUUUAUGAAACAGCUAAUAACUGGAUAUCUACCAAGCGUAAUACUCAUGAUCUUUUUGUCUAUUGUCCCACCAAUUAUGAUGGUCUUUUCAACAUUGGAGGGCUCAAUAUCUCGUAGUGGCAGGAAAAGAAGCUCAUGCAUUAAAGUCCUUUACUUUAUAAUAUGGAACGUAUUCUUUGCUAAUAUUUUAACGGAGGCAGCUAUCGACCAUUAUCAAGUUUCAAUCAUGAAAUUGGGAGAUCCAAAAACCAUACCUAACCAGCUUGCCAAAGCAGUACCAUCAACGGCUACCUUCUUUGUAACUUAUGUUCUCACAUCAGGCUGGGCUAGCUUGUCCUUUGAAUUAAUUCAGCCAUUUCCUCUUCUCUGCAACUCAUUUUAUAGAUUUAUUCUUAGAAAUAAGGAUGAUACCAGUUAUGGCUCUUAUACCUUUCCAUACCACACAGAAGUUCCAAGAGUCCUCCUCUUUGGACUUCUGGGCUUCACUUGUUCAGUGUUGGCUCCUCUGAUAUUGCCGUUCUUGCUGGUUUACUUUUUCCUCGCCUAUCUGGUAUACCGUAAUCAGAUACUUGAUGUGUAUGUUACAAGAUAUCAAAGUGGGGGACUAUAUUGGCCUAUCAUACACAAUACAACAAUAUUUUCAUUGGUGCUUACACAAAUAAUAUCUUUGGGAGUUUUUGGAAUAAAACAUUCACCGAUUGCAUCGAGUUUCACCAUUCCACUGAUUAUAUGCACACUCCUGUUCAAUGAGUAUUGCAGGCAACGGUUUCACCCAAUAUUUAAGAAGACGCCUUCCAAGACAAUUAUUGAUAUGGAUCGGGAAGAUGAGCACUCUGGAAGGAUGGAAGAGAUUCAUCAUCAACUGCUAUCUGCUUAUUGCCAAAUCAAAUCAGAAUCAAAGAGUUCGGGUAAAUCUUUGGAACUGAAUUGCCCCGAGACUGAAGUGAAUGACAAAGAAACUGGGGACAUAAGCAGGCCUGAAGAUCCAGAGGCUCCAGUAAACACGUCUGCUCAACCUCCUUGACUUGCAGCUGGCUGGAGACAGAAUUGAACGUAAAAGAGACCGAAAAAUUCGUGCAUUUACUGUCAAUUCAUAUAUGCAAUUGUCGUGAGUUUUGAAUACGACAUGCAUAAAAGGAUAGAUAUAAAUAUUUAUGCACAUUUCUGAGGUUUGUGUAGAAAAUGAUGCUGGUUGGAAUCUCAGUAAAAUGUAUACAGCAAUUCAGAAGUUGUAUAUUAAUCUUGCGUUGUGUAAAACCUCAGGUAUGUCCAAUGUUUUUGACUCGUGAGAAGCGCAAGUAUUUGAAGUUCGAUUGGUGCA